AUGGAUCCACAGACUUUGCACACUGGCUCAGUUACGCAGGAGACCAUCGCGCAGAGCCUGGCAUAUCAUGCGAAGAUAAAUGAUCUAAUAAUGACGGAUGAUGAGAUUGAGGAGAAAGCUGCAGAGAUCUACCAGCUGCGUAAAGCGGGGAGUAAGGUUUCUCUGGUGAUGAAGAGUAUGAAGGCAGGGGGUGAGGCUGAGAAGGUGAGCGGCGAGAAGAUUGCGGAGGAGAAGUUGGCUGGGGAGAGAGGUGAUGAGAGAAGAGGAGACGUGAAAGACGAUAACAAGGGGGCCGGAAAUGCGGAGGCCGAUACGGAACAGCAGCCUGACGAUAGCUUCGACGACGAGCAUGAAGACGAGGAGGGCGCAGAAAAAUGGACCGAGGACGUGAACUGCGACCUCGACAACAUGAUACCUGAAGAGGACUCGGAGGAGCCCUUCGACGUCGUCGACAAGUCGCGCUGCUACGACUGGCUGAUCGUCACGGGCACCACCCACUACGCCAAAGACCGCUCCUCCUUCGCGACGUACACGCCCCUCAGCGGCGUCACGGCCGGCGGCCGACCCGUCCUCGGCAUCGGCUCGGUGAAGCUGCUGGCCGCGCAGAUCGACGACGUCCACAGCGUGUCGCACUACUACAAGAUCGAGAUCAACAACGUGCUGCACAUGCCGGGCAUGAUCUGCAACGGGUACAACGCCGUCGUGGCCGACACGCUGUGCUUGAUCAACGGCCCGGAGGAGGCUGAGGGCUUCGACCGCGGGCGCAACCGCAAGUGGUACGGCCGGUGGAACCGCUUCGCGGGCCGUGCGAGGAUGCAGCUGAGGGGGGACCCGUGGGGGAAGAGCGAGGUGAUGGAGCGCGAGGGAGAGAGUGAGGAGAAGCUGGAAUUGGAUGUGCAUCUUACGGUGAGGGAGAUGGCGCACUUGCGGGAGUUGGGCGUAUGGGAGGUGCCGUUGCGGGUUUAG